AACAAAUUAUUCAGGGUUUUUUCCCUCCUCGAAAAUAUUGUGCCUUUUUAAAUAUAGCGUUAAUGCAGUAAUCGUUACAGUAAUGUUAUCGAGGCUGUUAAAGGAACAUCAAGCAAAACAAAAUGAAAGGAAAGAGCUUCAAGAGCGACGACGACGUGAAGCCAUCUCAGCCGCCACCUGUUUAACGGAGGCCUUAGUGGACCACCUGAAUGUGGGAGUGGCUCAGGCGUACGUUAAUCAGCGCAAACUGGACCAUGAGGUGAAGACGCUGCAAGUGCAGGCAGCUCAGUUUGCUAAACAGACAUCGCAGUGGAUCAGCAUGGUGGAAAACUUCAACCAGGCAUUAAAGGAAAUUGGUGAUGUGGAGAACUGGGCACGCAGCAUUGAGAUGGACAUGAGGACUAUCGCCACAGCGCUGGAGUAUGUUCACAAAGGCCAGAUUCAGGCAGCGUCAUCCUAGAAUGCCCUUGCAGAGGGACGGCAGAACAGGGACAACAAAUUUCUCUUUAGGAUUCUGUAGUCGUGUAGACCUACUGCUACAGGGAUGGAAGAAUGGACUUGCUUAUGAUGAACUGCUAAUUUCCUGACUGAGACUUUCAGCUCCCGCUUAAACCUAGACAUGUUUUGCAGAUGAUGUUGCUAAAUGAUGAUGUAUUUUGUCUGGAAAUGUUUUUUCACCCAAACAACUCGUACCAGGAGCACCUGUGUUUUUAAAACCCUGAGCUAUGUAACAAAUGUUUGCAUUACAAAUGAUAGCUUUGUUUUAUUGUUUGUGUCUGUUUUAUAUGAUACAGCAUUUGUGUUGUCGUAUGUUCGUGUCAGGAUGGAGGGUAACAGUCCUGAAGGCGACUCAGACACAAGUCCAACAUGAAGCACAGAUAAGCCAGAUGGUGACAUUGCCUCACUUGUAAGACUGAAUAAAAAUUAAUAAAUGUAAAUGGAAUGUUAAUGUACUAAA